GAGCAGCCCCCCGUCCUCGUGUGGAAGCUCCGUCCGUCCGUUGUGAUCCUCGAGCCUGCGCCGCUCGCCGUCGUCCUUGUGUUGAAGCUCCUCCGGCCGGCGUCCUCCUGCACCGAACCUCCACCCUCUCCUCCGGUCACCGUCGACGCCAGCCUCUCCCGUCCUCCUCAUCUCCAAGGAAGAGAUGGGCUUGUGGAUGCUGCUGGAGGGUUUUUUGCUUCUUGCAAAUUCCUUGGCCAUACUGAAUGAAGACCGCUUUCUUGGUCCCAGGGGUUGGAGCAUGUCUGAAGUUUCAGGAAAUGGGCAAACAAAGUCUUUGAAGGGCCAGGUCGUUGGGCUCAUCUACGCCACUCAGUUUCUGCGGAUGCCCUUGAUAGCGCUUAACAUUCUUAUCAUUGUUGUGAAAGUGGUCUCAGGCUGAGACUCUUUGUUAUGUCUCUGCUGUUGGGUUGAACUGAUUUCAGUUCCAGCAUUAUGUAAAAGCUAAUCAUGUUCAAAAGUUACAGCAAGGAUGUUUACACUGAUUCGAAUAUGGCUUGUUGCUUUUGUUGUUGCAAAAUUAUGUAUGGACAUACUUCUGUCAAA